AUGAACCACAUCAAGGCCUGGGCUUUCCCGACCAGGUUUGAAGUUUCGUUGAGAUUUUGUUCAAGUAGAAGAAAAAUUCACGAUUUUUCACUAUGGUUAGUAAACAAUGCCCAAAAUCAUUUUCAAGAGACGCUCUCAAAGUUUUUUUCUGAUGAGAGUUCAUUCAUUUAAACGGUGACUUUAUAUAAUUUUAUUAUCCCAUUUUUCAGUUUUUGGCUGACGGACCUAUCUGAAGUUUUAUAAGAGAUAAUGAAAAAAAAAAAUUUUUGUUGAGAUUUUUGAUCCCGCCUUGUUCAUGGAAAUUUUCUUUUCUAUUGCAAAGUAGGACAUUUUUCCGUUAUUUAGAGUUUUAAGACAUUCAUCCUGGGCUCACAAGACCCCAAUGCGUCAAUUAAAAAAUUCAAAAAAAUUGAAAUCUAAGAAAUGGGGGGUGGUUCUAGUACUAUUUAGGUUUACUUUAUUUAUAGGUUUACUUUAUUUUAUUUAUUUAGGUUUAAGUUAGCUUAACAACAGCAAAAAAAUCGUCAUUUUCAAGAAACUUCAAUUUUUUUAUUCUGGAAAGAAAAAUCUUUCUGCGUCGUUUUCAGCACAAAAAAACUGUUAGUAUAGGAAAUUUUUUUUGUUUUUUUAAAUUUAGCUUGAACCGAUUUGCUCAACUAGGAAAAAGUACUGAUUUCUAUGGUGUUUUUUUCUACAGUGAGCCGCAAAGUGGGCGGAGCUUUAUAAAAAAAUGGUUUUAAAUAUUCUUAUAGGCUGAUUUUAUCUAUGAUAGUGAGAAGAGCUCUCAGAAAAAAUGAUAAAAUUUAUGCAUCCUUGGUUUUUCGAAAAUAUCGGCUAACGUUUGACCCCAAAUAGUGCUGCUCAUUUUUUUACCGGCCAACCAAAUAUUUCAGAAAUUAAAUCAACAUCCUCAUGAAAAAUAGGCCUUCAUCCUUUUCAACUUCCCUUAAUUAAUUUUAAUGUUCAGCAACGAAGUGAACAUCUUCUGCAACCUGCACGUGUGCGCCACCUGCGAACAGACCAACUGUCGGGAUCGUCAGCGACGGACACCGGGACUCCCGGGAGACCCGCCAGGGAUGCGUGACCCGUUCUCAGCGCCCAUCGACACCUCCGACAUCUCGCCGCCGAUCCCGAUCCGGACCUCUUUCCGGCUGAAACGGGAAAGCAAUGUUGCCACCAUGCGCCCGCAGAACGUCGGCACGUCUUCUGAAGGGGCGAAUAGCUCGUCUUUUGUUGGAUCUUACACAAUGAUUCUUGUCUUCUUCGUUGUUACAACCAUUUUAUUUUACUUAUAG